UCCAAGAUCCUUUCUCACGGCAAACCCUCGUUAGGACGCCUGUUGCUUCGUUUGCACGUUUGGCGAUGCACCGCUGAUAUCAAGAUGUGCAAGGAGUUAUACGAGACGUUGAGCGUGGUCGACGGGCAAUUUGAGGCUUGGAGGCAAGCCGCUGUGGCAGCGUGGUCAAAUGAGAGUUCAUCGCUCGCGCAAUCAGAGCCUGGGUCGAAGAUUGUGCAGCCAAACACCAUUCUCGAACGGGAUGGCCAAGUGGUACUGAAACUCUACGAGGCCAGUGAUGAAGGCAUCAUUCAAUCGUUUGUGGAGAGAGAUAUCUGA